CAUCUUUUCAAUGGCCGCCGGUAAGUCGACCGAUACAUUCGAGAUGGGCCUCAUGGCCAUUGAGGACUUUCUGAGAUGCCCCCCGCCUGGGAUCCAGUCUGAGAAUCUUCCCACCAGAAGCACCGUGACCUGCCUCUCCAACAGCAUCAGCCUCAUGAUAGACGAUUUUAUCGCUAUAUCUGGCAGAAGGGUCAUGUUUACCAACUCAGUUGGCCGAAUCCUCCAGGCAAAAACUAUGAUGGAGUGCGCAGAGGUAAAGAAGAAAUUGUUGUCAAACCUCCUCCUCAUCCUUGUGGCUGCCUGUCAGAGUAUCCCAGAUGAAGGAAAGAGAAAAAGGCCAAAUAAACCAGGAAAAGUGCUAAGGCAUUUCAUUCUCAUGAUCAAUGGGAAGAAUCCGAGGAUUAAGUAUAAAAUGGAACAAGGAUUAAAUGCCGUCCUGCCAUCUGUCAUGUGUGAAAACUACACUGUAAAGGUUGAUUUCAUGGAUCCCCUAGUGAAACUGACAGCAGACACGGCUCUCACUGUUCUUGAUGGUUCUCAGCCAGUAACUCCAUGCUGGAAGAACACCACAUUCUCUCUGGAUUAUAAUGGUGAUGGAGGCUGUGAGUUUGCAUACUGUCUUGGGUUCAGCAAAAGGAAGUUUCCAAUCCAGGGAUGGAUUAUUCAUCUAAAAAACAAAACCACUGAAGAAAAGGAGAAAGUGGAAGAGUUCUUUAGAGGCUUUGUUCCCCAGGCUAGAGUAAAGUCGGAUGUUGAGACGGAGCAAUCUUCUUAAUUAAGUUUUAUCCGAGUGUGGAGAGCUGCUUCCACUUUGUUUUAUUAUGUCUGUAACAUUUCAAGUAUUUGUUCCGCGUAAACAAGACCAAGGUUCGAAA